GUCGACGUAGUUGCAUGCAUGCAGCCUCAAAGGAGGAUAGUUUUUGACAAAGACUUCAGUGUUUGUGGUGCUCAGCAAAAAAGCUAAACGAUCUUGACUUGACCAGUGGGAGCACAGCACGUCCUUACCUUUCCUUGAAUUAUUCUGGUUGUUGAAACCUAUACGCGGUUCUUGGGAGUGCAGCAAGAUGAAGGUCACACUGAAGACGCUAAAGCAGCAAACCUUCUCUAUUGAACUAGAAGAAGGAUGGAAGGUGAAGGACCUGAAGAAUAAAAUUGCGGACCUGAAAGGAGAUGAGUUUCCCGUUGAUGGACAGAAGCUGAUUUUUUCAGGUAAAAUUCUACAUGAUGACUCAAGUCUAAGCGAGUAUACCUUUACUGACACGAGCUUCAUUGUAAUAAUGUGCAGCAAGCCACGUCAACCUGCUAAAGCUGCAGCUGCUCCGGCUGCACAGCCUGACAGCGUACCCGAGCAGGCCCGCGCUGCAUUGCGUGCCGCUGGCAUCGAGGAAUCUGGAAUGACAGCCCAAGUGCCACUGGUUUCUGGUCAGUCAUCUACAGGUGAUUCGUCCCGGCAGCCGGAAGCGGAAGGCUCGAGCUCCACGCCUGCACCAGCGUCGACACAGCCGGCAUCAACACCUGCAGCGGAGACUAGUACUACUGCUACUACAUCCUCUGACGGUGGCUCGAGCCAACCACCUGCGGCUGAAGAUCCUGCUGGUACUGCAGUGGAUGCCGAGUUUGACGGCAUGGUAGCUCAGCUCUGUCAGAUGGGAUUUGAAGCAUCACAGGUUCGUCUUGCUCUCCGUGCCAGCUUCAACAAUCCAGAUCGUGCUGUAGAGUACCUGAUGACGGGUAUUCCUGAGAGUGUCAAAACCGACUUAGGCCUAAACGCCCCAGCAGCUCCUGCAACUACAGCACCGCCAUCCUCUGGCGGUGCACCAAUGGAUACAUCUGCUGGUACAUCUUCCUCAUCAACAUCUCAGCCGACACCAGCUUCAGGUGCAGGUAAUGCACUGGCAGCACUACGCACAAUGCCGCAAUUUGAUCAGGUUCGAAAUGUUAUUCGUCAGAACCCUCAAAUGCUUCCAGCUCUGCUGCAGCAGAUCGGCUCUCAGAAUCCAGGUCUCCUGGAGCUGAUCAGCCACAAUCAGCAAGAUUUCAUUGACAUGAUGAACGAGCCUGACCUCAACUUUCCCGCUGAGCAAGGUGGCACAGCAGGCCAGCCCGCUGGCGGUAGCGCUCCCACUAUCGGUGGACAGCCCGUCAUGCCGGGAGGCGAGGGUUCUAAUGUCAUGUAUGUGACUGCUGAGGAGAAAGAAGCUAUUGAACGGCUGAAGGCUCUUGGAUUUGCAGAAUAUAAAGUGGUUGAAGCAUACUUUGCUUGUGACAAGAACGAGGAUCUCGCAGCAAACUUCUUGCUUCAGCAAGCAUAUGAUGAUUGAAUUAGCUGUCGCCGACCGUGCUCUUAUGCCGCAUCGUGCUGCACUGCUGUGCCUGCUGCUCAACCUGUUAACUGCACUGAACACAAGUUGCGUGCUGGUUGUGAGACAUGUGCUCUUCUGUAGAUAUACGCUGUCUGUUGUGCCGAUCUCUUUCCCUCUCUAUUGCCCAACAGUAUACACUUUCCUUGUCGAGCGUGUUGAGUUCCUGUGGAGUACGCCUGUACAGGUUGCAUCUCUAUAUCCCACCAGCCGAAUCGUCCAUGUCCCCGCAGAGCCAGGCACGGCACUGUGUCUGUAUGAGCGGGUUGCCACCUCGUGCAGAUCAUGUGGGUGUGCCAGUAAUGGCAAAUUGUCAUUGUUUGCAGCUUACCAUACAGAAGCACAAUUCAUAUUUUUUUAAACAGCAAACUUCUGCCUCCCUUGCCCUCCAGGUGUGCUUAUGUGUUUGUGUUUGUGUGUGUUUGUCCUCCUGUAUGCUACCCUCUCCUCCUAGUGUUCUCGUGUUGUACGUGUUAUGUUGCUAUGAACAUAGUUGUGUGGAUCACACAUGUGUGCUGCUUUUACGUGUGUUUUUUUUCUUUGCUUUCGUUACAUGGGCAAAAUUAUGAUUUUCUUUCUCUCGCAAUGACGUUUUAAAAUUAACACAAACACAGCGUAUAUUUGA